GUUCCCCACAGAUAGACGAUGAGCAGCCAUGGCAACAGCCUGUUCCUGCGAGAGAGCGGCCAGCGGCUGGGCCGCGUGGGCUGGCUGCAGCAGCUGCAGGAGAGCCUGCAGCAGAGGGCGCUCCGCACGCGCCUGCGCCUGCAGACCAUGACCCGCGAGCAUGUGCUGCGCUUCCUGCGCCGAAAUGCCUUCAUCCUGUUGACUGUCAGCGCUGUGGUCAUCGGGGUCAGCCUGGCCUUUGCCCUGCGCCCGUAUCAGCUCACCUACCGCCAGAUCAAGUACUUCUCUUUUCCUGGAGAGCUUCUCAUGAGAAUGCUGCAGAUGCUGGUGCUGCCUCUCAUUGUCUCCAGCCUGGUCACAGGCAUGGCAUCCCUGGACAACAAGGCCACAGGGCGGAUGGGGAUGCGGGCAGCCGUGUACUACAUGGUGACCACCAUCAUCGCUGUUUUCAUCGGCAUCCUCAUGGUCACCAUCAUUCAUCCUGGGAAGGGCUCCAAGGAGGGGCUGCAUCGGGAGGGUCGGAUCGAGACCAUCCCCACAGCUGAUGCCUUCAUGGACCUGAUCAGAAAUAUGUUUCCACCCAACCUUGUGGAGGCCUGCUUCAAACAGUUCAAGACGCAGUAUAGCACAAGGGUGGUCACCAGGACUGUCGUAAGAACAGAGAAUGGGUCUGAGCCAGGUGCUUCCAUGUCCCCUCCAUUCUCGGUGGAGAAUGGAACCAGCCUCCUGGAAAAUGUCACUCGGGCCUUGGGCACCCUGCAGGAGGUGCUGAGCUUUGAGGAGACUGUGCCUGUGCCUGGCUCAGCCAAUGGCAUCAAUGCCCUUGGCCUCGUGGUCUUCUCUGUGGCCUUUGGGCUAGUCAUUGGAGGCAUGAAACACAAGGGACGAGUCCUGAGGGACUUCUUCGACAGCCUCAACGAGGCUAUUAUGAGGCUGGUGGGCAUCAUUAUCUGGUACGCACCUGUGGGUAUUCUGUUCCUGAUUGCUGGGAAGAUUCUGGAGAUGGAAGACAUGGCCGUCCUGGGGGGUCAGCUGGGCAUGUACACCCUGACCGUCAUCGUGGGUUUGUUCCUUCAUGCUGGCGGCGUCCUUCCCCUCAUCUACUUCCUUAUCACUCACCGAAACCCCUUCCCCUUCAUCGGGGGCAUGCUGCAGGCCCUCAUUACUGCCAUGGGCACGUCCUCCAGCUCUGCGACACUACCCAUCACCUUCCGCUGCCUGGAGGAGGGCCUAGGGGUGGACCGACGCAUCACCAGGUUCGUGCUGCCCGUGGGGGCCACAGUCAACAUGGAUGGCACUGCCCUCUAUGAGGCCCUGGCCGCCAUCUUCAUUGCUCAAGUCAACAACUACGAGCUCAACCUGGGCCAGAUCACAACCAUCAGCAUCACGGCCACAGCAGCUAGCGUUGGGGCUGCUGGCAUCCCCCAGGCGGGGCUGGUCACCAUGGUAAUUGUGCUCACGUCGGUCGGCUUGCCCACUGAGGACAUCACGCUCAUCAUAGCUGUGGACUGGUUCCUGGACCGGCUUCGCACAAUGACCAACGUGCUGGGGGACUCCAUCGGAGCGGCCGUCAUUGAGCAUUUGUCUCAGCGGGAGCUGGAGCUGCAGGAAGCUGAGCUCACCCUCCCCAGCUUGGGGAAGCCCUACAAGUCACUCAUGGCACAAGAGAAGGGGGCGUCCCGGGGACGGGGAGGCAACGAGAGUGUUAUGUGAGGGCCCCCAGCUCUGCCACCUAGGGAGGAGUGAGGGGGCCGGGGAGGGGAGUUCUGGGGACAGUCUGCCGCCCAACUGACCAUGGGCUGAAUACAUAUGUUCUUCUUGGCUUGUUUGGGGGGGAGGGAAUCUGAAAUAAAAGAGCAGGAAUGAAAGGUA